AUGAAACUUUCUACUUUGUUUGCUGCCAGCUUGUUCGCACUUGGCGUCACUGCAAAGCCUAUCAAGGGCAACCAAAACGGCAUUGUUCCCGGCAAGCACUAUGAUCGUAUCUUUAUCAUUUAUCACGAGAACAAGGAUUACGAUGAUGUCCAGGCUGAUGAUUACUUCCCCACCAUUGCCGAAAACCACAACGGUGUUGUGUUGACCAACUAUCAUGGCGUUACUCAUCCAUCGCAACCCAACUAUGUUGCCUUGAUCUCUGGUUCUAUCGAAGGCAUCAACCGUGAUAACAACUCUGACGUUGAUCGUCAAUCCAUUGUGGACCUUUUGGAGAAGAAGGGUAUCUCUUGGAAGUCGUACCAACAAGGCUAUCCUGGUGGUUGUUUCAAGGGCGAGGAAAGCGGCACCUACCGUCGCAAGCACAACCCCUUCAUGUCGUUCACCAAUAUCCACAAUGAUGAAAAGCGUUGUGCCAACAUUGUUAAUGCCGAUCAGCUCUAUGAUGAUAUCAAGACUAACAGCGUUCCUCAAUUCGUGUGGUUCACUCCUGAUAUGAACAAUGAUGGCCAUGAUACCGAUCUUGCUUACUCCUCCAACUGGACCAAGAGCUUCAUUGAGCCCCUCAUGAAGGAAAAGAACCUUACCAAGAAUACCUUGUUCGUGCUUACUUGGGAUGAAAAUGACACCUGGACCAUCCCUAACCAAGUCUACACUGUUCUUUUUGGCCCUGCUGUCAAGCGCUCUGUUAAGACCGAUGACACCGCUUAUAACCAUUACUCGGUCUUGAGAAGCGUUGAGGAGAACUGGCAUCUUGGCAACCUUGGUCUCAAUGAUCUUAACCAUACCGCCAUCCGCGUCAAGGACAACUGCUAA